CGUACAGUGAAGUGCAUCUCCGUGUCGCUCGCAGCGGAGUGGUGCCGGGCCGCGGGCUCCUUCCGUGAUGAUCGCCUCGAAUUGGCGUCGCGAGCGUUGAAGUGUGCGUCUAUUUAUCUGUGUUUAUUAUCGAUAAAGAACAAGAAGCGGCGGGGGUAGGGGGGGUAGUAGAAGAAGCUGGUGAGGAAGAGAACGCGAGUUCUGUAUGCGGCGUCUCCAUGGCGCUUAGGGAGCUCAAGGUUUGCCUGCUCGGGGAUACCGGGGUGGGCAAGUCAAGCAUCGUGUGCCGCUUCGUUCAGGACAACUUUGAUCCCAACAUCAACCCAACCAUCGGGGCAUCCUUCAUGACCAAGACGGUGCCCCAAGGGAACGAGGUUCACAAGUAUCUCAUAUGGGACACAGCUGGGCAGGAGCGUUUCCGCUCGCUGGCACCCAUGUACUACCGGGGGUCAGCCGCUGCCGUGAUCGUCUAUGACAUCACCAAGGAGGAGUCGUUCCAGAUGCUAAAGUCAUGGGUGCGGGAACUUCGCCAGCACGGGCCCCAGGACAUCAUCGUCGCCAUCGCAGGCAACAAGUGUGACCUGGAUGACAUGAGGGAGGUGUCCGUGCAGGAUGCGAGAGACUACGCCGACUCCAUCGACGCCAUCUUCAUCGAGACGAGCGCCAAGUCGGCCAUCAACAUCUGCGAGAUCUUUGCUCGCAUCAGCGAGCGCGUGCCUCCUGGCAGCCAGGACUCGUCGGAUCGGCCCGGGUUCCAGCUGCGUGGAGCGGGUCAGCCGGCGCGGCGCUGCUGCUGACAAAACAGUCGCUACUCGCCAGCUCGCUCGUCUCCAAGGAUCGCCGCAACCCGUGUGUCGGCACGCCCACGCCGUUUGGCUGUCUGCUGAACUGCGGCUAAGGAUAUAAAUCAGGGGUGAUUUUUCUCCUUACCGUGGGCCGAGUCGGACCUUCGGUUGCCUUUGGUGGGCCACGCAGUGCCACGCACCUUUUCGUAGGCAUUUGAUAAUGCGAACAAAUAACUUGCGUGUCGACCUGGAAUAAAGAGAGCUUUGUAGUGGUUGAAGUGACCGAAUUUACUCAAAUAAGGUUGAAAAUCUUCCAUUCUAGUGACUAGAUAAUUAUUCAUUCGAGAUGCGUGCAGCAUCGGAUAAAUACCUUGUGGCCAUUUCAAAGUUCUGGGUCCUCGUGGUCAUGGGCCGUGUGAAAAUUAAUCUGUGCCGCCAUAGGUUUCCCCCACCCCUUCUCAAAGUGAUUGUUCUACAAAAUAAAAAUCAGGAUUAUUUGGUGCUGAUAUAUCGGCCUUUAAUCCAGCAGAGGGCGAUGUGAAUAGUUAUGUAUGCUGCUGGAUAACCGAGCAGUUAGCAUGCUCGCCGUUGACUCGGUACACUCGAGUUCGAUUCCCGCUAAAGCCACCUGGUCAUUAUGAAAUUUAAAAGCAACGUUCUGCUGUAAGAUGGACUAUAAAGAUUGUGUUAGGUUAUUUCAAAAAUCUACUCUCAGCUAAAUUGAGAAAGGCCUGGUGAGCCUGGAAGUAAGCCUCGCACAGUGUCUCCUGACAUAGCUUAAGAAUUCAGUGUAUGUUUACUGUAAUAGUUAAUCUCAUUUUCAGGUGUGGCUCGUUCUGUACAAAAUGUCUUAAUUCCUGGAAUUGAUGCUGUGGUGGAUUUGAAAUUGUAUUUUAUUUUUUCUCAUCACUGAAUUUGUUCGCUGGUGAUGAAGGCGUACCUCUGCCUAGAAUUUCCUGUUUAGGAAACUGCAAUCGCGUAACUUUAGCUGCCGUAAUUUUUAGACAAAUCGUACUCGAUUUGUAUCAGAUUGAAUAGCAAAUAUCGACCAUAUUAUUGCUUCCAGUUCAGUAAAUACCAUACUCCACUGCCUAUUUUCCCAUUUGUUUAUUUGCUGCUCCACCUCUCCAAUUUUUCCCCUCGUUUCUCUUCUAUGAUGCAAAUCAUUGAAUGCUCUAAAGUCUAAACCGUCCUUAAUUGCGAUGCAAUCCCAACUCCACGUGUGUUUAUAGGAUUUGUUUUGUGUAUAUAUGCUAUAGCUGCGGGUUACUUGUCUUCCUUACCCCAAUCAGAUAAAAUCACCUUCUGAAUCGGUUGUAAUUCUGUGUGCCGUACAAGAACAUAAUUGUGGCACAUCGCCUGAUUGGCAAAUAGAGGCGGGUUUAACGACAGAAUUAUAUAUUUACGCGAUCUAACCCAAAAAAAACCUGUAUUAUGGAGGCCUUGAUGUAAUCGACAAAGAGCCUUGGUAGCCUCUGGGUUAGCACACUCACCACACCACUGAACUGGUUUGCAAUUGAGUUUACACUAAAGUUCCUGCUAUAACCGCCAAGUAACUUCUAUGGGACAUUGGCAUGUUCAAAGCCAACUGUACUGAAGUAUGGACUUUAAAUAUUCCGUGGCAUGAUUUGUAAGAAUAGCAUAUUGUGUGCCACCAUGUCAUCCAAAUGUCAUCUGAAAAUGAUAUACAACUAAAUUUCUAAAAAUGAAUAACUUCUCCCUGCGUAAUUAUGAUUUACCAAGAAGUGGUUUUGAAUAAUUAAUUAACUCUGGCACUUCGUUAAAUUAAUGAUUAAUUUCACAAUGUUUCAUCGGAGUGGCCCAGGGUUCUCUGAUGCUGGUGUUUGCAUCAGCAUUGAGUAGAUCUGAUUUAAAUCUCUGGCCGUCAGCCACGAUUCUUGUGUGGAGUGUUUGAUUGGCUCGGUCUGGUCACGAAUUAUAAUGUAAACAUUUAUUUUGCACUUAAUUUACUCAGCCCAGCUCUUCUAAGCUUAUUCAGUAGAUAGGCACUGGGAAAAAAAUGUUGUUUGCACAGCCAAAGAAUGGACAUUGUGUUUGUGUAAGACAAUUGAAGGUUGCCAUGUGGAGGCCAAUGGUGGCACUCUUUCGGGUCAUUCCACGUGAUGUGCAGCUUUGCUCUCUGUGUGGGGAUUUGAAUUGAAUUUAAAUGUGCUCUGUGCCUCUGCAAGGGGGAUGUAAUUAAUGGGAGGGGGAAAUGUAGCUGCAACAUGUUUGAAUAUUGCUAUUUUUAUUAAAAAAGAGCUAACUAAAAUAUAUGGAAACUGUUAGAAAUGCUUUUCUGAUGGUGUGUAUCUUCAGUGGUGGUUUUGCAUGCCUUGUGGGCUGGACAACAUUUACCGUAUUUUCCGGAUUGAGCAAAUUUCCCCUGUAAUUUAAAACAAAAGUUGCGUCUUAUAUUCCGGUAGGUGAGUGUGAUCAAACUUGCAUAACUUUGUUGACACCGGGUUCACAAAUUUGGGAUGCAUCUUACUUUCUGGAGGGUUUUUUUUUUAAUCCGGAGAAUAUGGAGGUACCUAGCCCGUUUUGACUUCACCCUGCACUUGUAUAUUCUCAGUUAAAGGCCUGCUGCACACAUUUUUUCUUGCAGCCUUGACGGCCUGUACAACCCCAUGUGUGCAACAGUGAUGUGCGGUGAGGUCAAUGGCUGGGGAGGCACUGGCUAGUGUCAGAGCCAGAUUCACACACAGGGGGUGUGGCCUCAUGGAGGGGUGUGGCCUCACUGAGGGAGGCGUGUUAGACACGUCCCCCUCAGUGAGGCAGAUGUGAUAGCUGCCUCCCCUGGUGCUUUUUCAUUGCAGUUUCAUGACGAGACCAGCGAGCCUAAAUAUCUUUAUACACAUACGUGAAAUAAGUUUCCUGGAGUAUGGAAGGCGAGGACAUGAAAUGAAGGGGUCUAUAAACAUUACAUUGGUGACAUACUGAGAUAGUAACAGGCACGCGCUUAUUGCCCGCGGUACAUCCAGUUACUGAGGGGUUGCGCAAUCAGAGGGGAGGCUGAGCGCGUCGCUGCCUCACCUCUCGUGUCUCCCUGUAUUUGCAGCGGAGCUCCGCAAAUUUGGCGAUUUUGACUAUAAAAAUUAUUGGAAUCGUACACAAAUUACAUUAAUAGCACAGAUCAGUGAAAAAAACCUUAAUAUUUGUUUUAUUUUAUUCUUUUUUUCGUAACAGCUAUUUUCAUUUUCUCCCCUGGUGUGCAACCCAGGGCAGCGUUACUUGCUGCUCCUUUGACUCAUGCUGCCCUGUGGCUGUGUGGAGCUCCAGUUUGAUGUUAGCGCUGCGAUGGGGGAAAAAAAUUUACGAGCCAAUAAAAUUAUCGGAGUUACUACAAAUGCGUAUAUGCUAUUGAGUAGACAUGUGAUGAUACAAUGAUUAAUGGAUUAAAAUUAGAUUAUAAUCACGAUAAAUGCAUCUAAUUGCGUGUAAAAUGAAAUGUGAAUGCAAAAAUACAAUGUAUUUAUGCAAAUAGCGUAAACAUAACUGCAAAUGUGGCAUGAAAAGUGAGAAACUACAAUUGAGAUGACAAAGGAGACUUGUUAAUGUGUUAAUUCAAUCAUGGCUAUGAAUUGUACUAAUUGCAUGCCUGGUAUUUGGCAUAAUAAAGAGUUGCUUUUGGUAAGUGGGAAUCUCACUAAACAGUAUUGGAUUUAAACUCGGACUCAAGUGGGCUUCAGACUAUUAAUGGCAAUGUCAUUCAGAUGUGGCUUAUAUGGGAUUUAGCAGGAAUCCAUUAUACUACACCAGUUUGUACAGCCACUCCAAAGUUAAGAUUGCACUUCAAUUAAUUCCCUGUGGUGUUGUUGAAUGGGUUUUGUCUCGUGUUUGUCAUGGUUUUCUUCAGAUGGUGUGGUCCGUUUAUUUCACCACAGUGUUUGGUUCUCUGCCUUUGGGUUGCCUCUGAGUCUGAUUUUCGCCGGUUCGAAUCCAGGCUCCUGCGGGCAGUUUUCGUCUGGUUUUUGCUGCGGACAAAUAAAAGAUUGCACGAUGCUA